AUGUCUUUUCCUAAGGCGCAACCGGAUUGGAACAACCUCAAAGUGAUCCACAAGAACACCCUUCCACCACGGGCGCACUUCUAUACCUACGCUUCAGAGGAACGGGCCCUCACCUUCAGCCGCGACAAGAGUGAGUAUGUUUCCCUCAAUGGCACAUGGAAAUUCCGGCAUGAUGAAUCUCCUUUUGAGGCACCCGAGUGGUCUACCGCGGAGCCCUUGAGCUGGGAUGACGUUCAAGUCCCAGGAAUGUGGCAGCUCCAGGGUUAUUCCCAUCCGACUUACACCAACGUCAAUUAUCCAUUCCACGUGAAUCCUCCUAAUGUGCCACUUCUAAACGAGACUGGAUCUUACUGGAGGCAGUUUGUGACUCCUUCCACGUGGAACGAACAACAGAUUCGCAUCCGCUUUGAAGGAGUUGAUAGUGCUUUUCAUCUCUGGAUUAACGGAGAAGAAGUCGGGUACUCGCAAGGUUCACGCAAUCCCAGUGAAUUUGACAUUACCUCCCUGCUCAAACCAACCGGAUCUGCAAACACCCUCGCGGUGCGCGUGUACGAGUUUUGUGAUGGCUCGUAUAUCGAGCGCCAAGAUCAGUGGCUUCUCAGUGGCAUCUUCCGAGAUGUUGGCUUGCUGGCAUUCCCGCUCGAUUCGGUGGUUGACUUCGACGCCGUUCCAACGCUCAGCGAAGAUCUGUCUACAGGCCAGCUUCUCACCAACGUCAAAAUACAGGGACAAGAAGCCGAUGUCCAGGCCAAUUUAUAUCAACCAGAUGGUUCGCUACUUAAGCAAUUGACAUUCUCUUCUAAAGAAUCCGGAAUUAUCACUGUAUCUGGUGAUGAUUUGAGGCUUUGGUCUGCCGAAGAUCCUGUUCUCUAUACCUUGACUCUCACCUUCAACAACCGUACAAUUCCCCAACGCAUUGGAUUCCGACGCAUCGAACAAAAAGGCGCAAACUUCUUGGUCAACGGCAAGCCCAUCAUUUUAUAUGGCAUGAACCGCCACGAGCAUCAUCACCUUCACGGUCGCGCCGUGCCUUAUAAAAAUAUGCGUGCGGACCUCAUCCUUAUGAAGAAACACAACAUUAACGCUCUGCGGUGCUGUCAUCAACCCAAUGAUCCCAGACUAUACGAAGUCUGCGACGAACUUGGUCUGUACGUCAUGGCCGAGGCAGAUCUUGAGACUCAUGGCUUCGACCCCGUGGAACGCUCCAACAUUCCGAACCAGCACCUUAUGACCGAGUACGAGAUUCAAGAGACCUCCUACAAAAUGGCUACCAAGUGGACGUCCGACAAUCUGGAAUGGAAGGAUGCUUAUCUUGACCGUGCUGUUGAGCUUGUUCAGCGCUUCAAGAACUUCUCUUGUAUCAUCAUGUGGUCCCUUGGAAACGAGGCGUUCUACGGCCAGAACCAUGCGAGCAUGUACAAGUGGAUUAAAAAGGCUGACCCCACUCGUCUCGUUCACUAUGAGGGUGACCGAGAGGCUAUCAGCGCUGAUUUGUACUCCACCAUGUACUGGAGUAUUGACGACCUGAAAAAGCACAUCAGCGAGAAGCCUGACAGACCUCUGAUUCAGUGCGAGUACGGACAUGCCAUGGGCAAUGGCCCAGGUGGACUGAAAGAAUACAUCGAGGCCUACCGCACCGAAAGGCUCCUCCAAGGCGGUUUUAUCUGGGAAUGGUGUAACCAUGGCCUUCUCAAAAGAGACGGUGAUACUUCGUACUAUGCAUACGGCGGCGACUUUGGCGACGAGCCCAACGAUGCAGACUUUAUCCUUGACGGAAUGGUAUUUUCAGAUCACACACCCACACCAGGCCUAACAGAAUACAAAAAGGUGAUUGAACCAGUCACGGUGACACUCAAAGGGGACAGCCUGGAAGUGGUAAAUCACUAUGACUUCAAUACCCUCGAUCACCUAGCUAUCUCAUGGCACCUUGUCAAGGAAACAGGAAACACCGAGCCAGUACCAUGGGAAAUUUCUCAAAUCAAGCCAGGAGAAUCUAAGGUGAUCGAUCUACCUGAGGGCGUGACUUUGGGCUCUGAUACAAGCUGGCUCACCGUCAACUUCCGACUACGCAAAGCCACAUCAUGGGCAUCCCAGGGACACGAGAUUGCAUGGGCGCAGAUCCCCUUGUUCGAUGACCAGAAACUCGCAAUAUCUCCAACUAUAUUCCCGCCACAGUCGACCAUGUCUAUCCAGGAGGGACCAGGCCGGCUAUACAUCAAGUCAAACAGCUUCAGCUCCCACUUCACAUACGAUCUGAUCCGAGGCGAUCUGUCGUGGUCAACCGAUACAGGCAAAAUCUUCAAUAGUGGACCACAGCUCGGAAUAUACCGCGCCCUGACACAGAACGAUGUCGGAUUCGUGGGGCCUCAUAUUGAAUGGGAGCGCUUCCGCGUGAAAAGCAGUCGCAUGCUCGUCGAAUCCGCAAACUGGCAUCUCCACGACGACGGAAGCGUACUAAUCACCACCAAAGUGCGUGUAGGACCGACCGUGCUAGAAUGGGCCUUCGAAGCUAUUCUCACAUACACUAUUACGGAAAGAUCAGUGGCUCUUCAUGUUAAGGGCGACUUCACAGGCACGCACCCAAAAUAUAUCCCGAGGAUUGGUCUCACACUCCGUCUUCCCCGACAAUACGAUGCCACCACAUGGUUUGGUAGGGGCCCUGGCGAAUCCUAUCGUGACACGAAGGCUUCUGCGCGGGUCGGAAUGUACACGGCCUCUAUUGAGAGCGGUCUCCAGACGCCGUAUGAGUGGCCCCAGGAGAACGGCAAUCGAAUCGAUACGCGCUGGGUGAACAUUCACUCCUCACCUGCAGAUACGUCCUAUGCUGCUUCUGCUGGAGUAAUUGUGCCUAUCCCAGAGAUCAAGGCCUCCAUGGAUGCACCGUUUAACUUCUCGCUUCGCAAGUAUUCGACCAUGGAGCUUGACCGUGCGAAGCAUCCGCAUGAGCUUUCGGAACUGAAUAAUGAGACAGAGUUGAAUAUUGACUAUGCACAUCAUGGAAUAGGAACAGCGAGCUGUGGGCCUGGUGCUUUUGAGGGCAAUAGGCUAGAGGCUGGGGCAUUUGAGUUUACUACCAGCUUUAGUCUUGUUGGUUCCUGA